GGGUUGGCUUCAGUUCCUGUUAGUUGUAGGUUGAAAUUCAGAGCCGGUGGAGUAAAUGCGCUGCGGUGGAUGGUUGCAAUAUGUUGUAACAGCCUCAUUUCAUGUGACUGAGCUGUUUUUAUGUUUUAUAAUCCGUUAGUUUAAAUAAGGAGGAUUUCCGUGAGAACUGGACAUAAGGAUAGAUUAUGUAUAUCUCUCUGGUUUCAGUUAUGAUGAUUGCUACUCUCUCUGUUUGCAAAGGCCAUCAUGAGAAAAACUGCAAUGUUUUCCCUAAAGAUCUGCACAUAGAAGUGGGUUCCAGUGUUGAGUUAGUGUGUCAAACGUCAUGUUCAAAUGGUAAAUUCUUCUGGACACUGAACAAUAAAAACAUCAGUGAAAGCCUGUCAAAAACUAUAAACUCAACACAUAUUGCUUUGUCACUGAGAAACUUCACUCAAUCAAGUGCAACUGUGGAGUGUCGUAGUUCUUAUACGGACCAGAUCUUAGGCGGCAUCAUCAUAAAGACAUUUUCAAAGCCUGAAAAUAUAGCAUGUGUCUUGCAUGUAAAUGAUGGUUGGCCACACGACUUCACAUGUACAUGGAACCAUCAUAUGAAUUCUUCACAAACAAUAAACUACACCAUACUUCAUGAUUCCUUGAAUGAAAUCUGCAAAUCACAAGUACCGAAAUGCGCAUCCAAAGAUUGGAAUACAGUUAAUAGCAUAUUCUCACAUAUAUCAAACAGCACAAUUAUUGUCAGAGCAAAAACCGCUGUUUGGGAGGUGUACUCUGACCCCUAUACGUUUAAUUCCCUCCACAUAGUGAAAAUUAGUCCUCCGACAUGGACAGUGAUAACUCCUUCCUCAGAUCAUCUGUAUGUUGAGUGGAAUCCACAUUGUAUCCAGAACAACUGCCAUUGUCAAGUCAAAUACUACAAGACUUCAUCGUCUAAUGACAAAGCCACAAAGUAUUUGAGCAGACGUCCAUCACAUUUCAGCGCCACCACUGAGGAUUUGGAAUCCUGCAUUAAAUACAACAUUUCAGUCCGAUGUGCCUUUAACGAAGCCCUUUGGAGCAACUGGAGCCAAGAGAUAACUGUUCUCACUAAACUCAACAAGCGCCACAUCAGGCUGCGACUUUGGAGAAAUGUGGCUAAACAGGGAAAAAACGGAAAAAGAAACAUUCAUCUUAUGUGGAAGGGGAUUCCUUCAACAUGUGAAGAGGUGUUGAACUACACAAUCAAACAGAUUCCCUAUGGAGACAACACAACCACUGGAAAUUACACCUAUACUUCAUGUGGCAGCUCAUCUUGUGAUGUCGAUGUAGGCCAAAAUACACAGAAAUUAUAUUUGAUAGUUUCCAUUAAUGAUGCAUUGCUUGCAGAGGACUCGGUUUAUGUUCCAGCUGUGGCACAGACAGGUCUUCCUCAAGUUUUCAGCAUCCAAACAACAACACAUGAAGGGGUUAUUCAGGUCAGCUGGAAUGCAUCUGAAAAAACCAUCAGCAGUUAUAUAAUUGACUGGACCCAUGAUGGAAAUCAGUACUAUUGGAAGGAGACCACAUCCACUAAUGCAACUCUGUUUGGCCUGUUGCAUAGAAAGCCAUACAAUAUCACUGUAACGCCUCUCUUCAAUGACAGCACAGGCCAUGGCUCUCAAGCCAAUCAGAUCUGCUCCAGUAUAGCAGUUCCAGAGUCCGUCUCUGUUAGAGAUGUGGAGGUCAACGAUAGAAGUGCCUUCAUGAAGUGGGAGACAAAGUCACAGGACACAUGCAGUGGUGUCAUUACCUAUGUCAUCUAUUAUGAAACACAGGGACGACCUCAGUUCAAUGUUACUGUGAAUGGUAACGAAGAUGGAGUCUGGUUGAAGGACCUGAAACCGAACAUCCAAUAUAGUGUCAUUGUUGAGGCCAGAGGCUAUAAUGGGACUUCAAUGAGCAAAAAAACGUUUUUCACAACAAAUAAAUUUGAUUCCAAGCUUAUUCAAACUUUAAGUGUCUGCGGAGGAUUUCUUGUUAUUCUUGUACUGUCUCUUGGGUUAACCUGUGCCAUUCAGUGGAAGAAAUUUAACGAGAAGCCUGUGCCGAAUCCUCGCCUCAGUUCUGUGGCAAAGUGGCUUUCACAGAGUCAUCAAAAGAUGGAGGGGUUCUUCCAGCCAAUCACAGAUCAAACUGAAAACCAAGUCAUCACAGAUGAAACUCAGAGAGAGCAAGGGGCGCCACUCAAUCCAGUCUGCAAUGGUGACAAAGCCCGCAAUAAAAAACUGAUGGUCUGUGACCCAUCAAUUAGUCCUUCACCAGAAAGUGAACCAGAUGAGAGGUUCUCAGAGUCACAGGUCCUAUCUUCUCCUGAAGGAUCGAUGGUGUUUUCUUCCUCACAGAGCAGCCCAUAUCGUAGUCAGGACUCUGUGGAGCCUCUAUUGCCAAGAGUGGAAGAAACAUCCAAGAGUGACUUGGAGAGCAAAAAACAAGAAAAGACAACACAAAAGAGUGUAUAUGUCAGCUUGAACAUGUUUGAACAAAGUGAUGUUAGGUGAGUGUUGUGGAAACCAAACACAAAUCAGAGUUAAGAUGAGCCAUUCAACACAGAUUCCUUCUUUGACAACACGUAGAAAGAUUGUUAGCUUACUGUAAGGCAAUCAGCAUUUAGUUGAAACUGUUUUCCCUGCUGUUCAAGCAUAUUUAUAGCAUGGCAAGACCUCUUCUUUACAUCCAUCUAGCAACUGUUUUUAGGUCUUGAAGCAAACAUACUAACAAGAUUGUGUUUGCAAAAUUAAGUUUUCAGGACUCGUUUCUUGGCUGCAUGGGUGUUCAGAUCAUGAGGCAAAAGUGUGUAAAGUAACAUCAAACAAUGGUAUUAUUAAAGAACCCACAGUAUGUUGAUAGUAUGUAUGUUGAUAGCAUGAUAUUCCUAGCAUAGUGUUUCUCAAAAAUGCACACACCUCGUUUAAAAUACCAGAUUUUGUCAUAAAAAAACAUUUCAAAAAUCUUUAUCCUGUACAGUUCAACUGAAAAAUUGUUAGAAGGUAAAAAAAAAAUGCUAUAACUUGGUUGCAUAAGUGUGCACACCCUUAGACUAAAACUUUCUUAGUACACCUUUUGAUUUUACUUUAUCAUUAUUUCCCUUUAAAAAGAGUCCAUCACCAUCCUACAUCUUUACUUGAUAAUAAUUUGACUAUUGUACCUGGCAAAGAUCCAAGCUUGUGAGAACAUCUCUCAUCCACAGCCCUCUUGAGGUGACUUCACAGAUUUUCUCCCACAGAUUUUCAUCAAAUCCUACUUUUGAUGAUCCAUGUGGUUUAACAGCACAUUGGUUUAGGAGUGAACACAUGUAUGUAACCAGGUAAUUGCAGCUUUUUAAAUAUACUUUUUUGACUAGUUUCUUAAACUAGAAUGAAAUUAAACAGAUUAUCACAUGUGAAAAUUUUUUGAAAGAAUUAAUUUAAGUGAUAUUUUUAACAGAAAUCUGAGAUUUUAACAGGGGUUUCGUUCACAGUGUUGUUUCAGAAUUGUUUGCACAGAAAUAAGCUUGUACAGUUAUAUGUCUUUUAUCACAACGCGUAAAAGAGCAUGUGAAUGUCAAAGUGGUUUUGAUCAGUAUAGAAAGCAUAAACAAUAAAUAAGGUGUAAAAACAAUGAUAAACAUGAAUUGGGACCUAAAAAACAGCGUCCUAGAAGUGUUUUUGCUGCAAUUGUAUAUGUUUUUUUGGUUUUUUUUGGAGCUCGAUGACAUAUCAAAAAAGCAGAUUUACAUGUGCAGAUGUUCCUAUGGGAAUAUUUCUGUUGUCAUGUUCCUGUAAAAUCCUAUGAGUGAUAAAUGGAGAAGAAUUCCAGUAAUGAUUUCCUGAAGUCUGUUCCAAAAUACCCAGCAGGCAAUACUGGUAAUAAGCGGGAUGAAAGUAUUUGUUUGUUUUCCACUGUGGUAUGUGUUGCUAGGUGUCUACCUUCAUGAACUUGAAAACAAACACAAACAGUGAAUCUGGAAUCAACUCUUCCCACUGUGUUUAUAUAUAUUUAUUGUUAUUUUCAAUGUUUUAAUAAUGUUUUUCAAGUUUUUAUGUAAACAAUUUUUUAUUAGUCCUUCUGGACGAUUGCAUGUUUCUAAAGUUGUCUUAUUACAACUUGAAUGCAUGAAAAAAUGCUUGAGUUUUUACUUUUGUUAUUAAAAUGGCAUGUCUAAGAAA